AUGUUAUUUUUCAGUUUUUUCUGGGCUUUCUUUCAUUCUAGUCUUGCACCAGCUGUUGAUAUUGGAUCUGUUUGGCCUCCUAAAGGAAUUAAUGCUGUUAAUCCUUGGGCUAUUCCUUUAUUAGGAAGUUGUGUUUUAUUAGCUUCUGGUUUUGUAUUAACAUUAAGUCAUCAUGCUAUGAUAUUAGGUAAUAAAGAUUUAGCUAUAAUAAGUAUGGUAAUUACUGUUUUAUUAGGAUUUUUUUUCAUCUUUUUACAAGCUAAUGAAUACUAUAUGGGAGAAUUUACAAUUGCUGAUUCUGUUUUUGGUACUGUCUUUUAUAUGACAACAGGACUUCAUGCUCUUCAUGUUAUUGCAGGAGUUUCCUUUUUAACUGUAUCCCUUUUCAGAAUGUAUUUUGAUUCUUUUACAACUGAACAUCAUUUAGGAUUAGAAUUCGCUAUAUUUUAUUGGCAUCUUGUCGAUGUUGUUUGGUUAUUUGUAUUUUUUGUUUAUUAUUGGUGGGGUAGCUAA